GUUUUCCUUUCUUCUUUUUGUGUCCUCUACUAUAAAUACAGGACUUCUUACGCCUAAACUUAUCAUCAUACAAAGUUUACGAAAUAUCUUCCUUGCUAGAAAUAACCAAAUCUACCAGAUUUUUUAAGUCGAAUAUGUGGGAUCAAAGACCUAGUUUCAGGUUUGAGAUAGAUAACUUCUCCGACAAGGAAGAUGUCAUAGCGUCUAAGGACUUCGUGGCUGGCGGAUGCGAAUGGUAUCUCGCAGUUCAGCCCAAGGGAGAUUAUAAUGAUCAGCUGUGUUUGUUCCUCUACGUUGCAAAUCGUAAAUCCUUGCGAACUGGUUGGAAGAGAAGUGCUAAAUAUUACUUUCUUGUGCUGAAUGAGUCCAACAAAGAACUCUAUAGAUCAUCAAUAAUGGGAAAAAGAAACUUGUUUUGCGCUGAGAAUCCAGCAUGGGGUAGCCGAAAGGCUUUGCCUCUAAGCAAAUUUCAGGAAAGUGGGUUUUUGGAGAAUGAUAAACUCAUCAUUGAAGUCUACAUUAAAGUUGUUGAAGCUUUUGAUGGAGAAUGCGGGGAUAUCAAUGGUUUUCAAGUUUUUGCUGCUCAUGUUGCUUCAGUGAAAAAGACAUUCGCAGAGCACGUGGCGAAGACAGAAUACAAGAAUACUCUGAGUAACGCUUGCAGCAAGUUGAGUGAGCUUGCGGAAGUAGGAGCCAAGCUGGACUGGUUGAAGUCAAAGUUUGAUGAAGUUUCCUUCAAGAGGAAGAACGCAGACGAUGCUGCUGAUGAGUCUCUGGUCCCACUACUUGAGGAACGCAUCAAGAAUCUUGAACUAAUGGUAUCAGGCUUCAAGAAGGACUGUUUGAAGUCAAAGCGUGAGAGGAAGAAAUCACAUGCUGCUGAUGAAUGUCGUUUCCAAAAACUGGAAGAAAGCGUCAAGAAUCUUGAGCUGAUGGAACUAGGAUUGAAACUGGACAGUUUGAAGUCGAAGCUUGAGGAGGUUUCCUUGGAGAAGAAGAAAUCACAUGAUGCAGUUGAGUCUCGGGCCCAACUGCUCGAGGGGCGUCUCAAGAAGAUUGAGCUAAUGAAAACAGGCUCUAAACUGGACAGUUUGAAGUUGAAGCUCGAGGAGAUUGCCUUGGAGAGGAAGGAAUCAUAUGAUGCUGAUGAGUCUCGGGUCCAACAACUCGAGGAACGCAUCAAGAAUAUUGAACUGAUGGAUAUAGGAUUCAAGCUGGACUCUGUGAAUACAAAGAUUGAUACUUAUGACGAGUCUCUAGUUCAACAACUCGAGGAACGUGUCAAGGACAUGUCAAGGAAAGUGGGAUUCAAGCUGAAUUGUUUGAAUACAACGAUUGAGGAAAGGUUCUUAGAGAGGACGAAAUCUGAUGAUGCUCGGUUCCAUCAGCUUGAGGAAAGCGUCAAUAACAUUGAGCUGAUGGUGUCGUGUCUGAAAGUUGAACUAGACAAGAAAAAGGACAAAUCUGUUGCUGAAGGAUUUUUGUUGGUCGACUAGGCUUUUGCUUGAUGUAGUGAAGUUUUUCGUUUAAUUAUCUUAUUUAGAAGCACUAAUGUCUUUUCAUUUUUCUCCUUUUAUUUUGGUUUUUAGUUUUGCACUGUGAACUCUAGAGAUUUGACAUAAUCAAAAGUGUUUUUUUUUU